AUGGCAUCCAGUGAUUACCCACCCGUAAAGCAUACAAUCGGCCGUGGUGCCUACGCCACAGUUUACAAGGGGAGAGAUAAGAACGUGAAGGGGAGGUACGUGGCCAUGAAGGAAGUCAUCCUGCCCACAAACAAUGAAGAUGGACUCCCACCAAGCUCCGUCAGAGAAAUUGGAUUACUGAAACAUAUUGAAAAAACUGGGCAUCCUAACAUUGUAAAGCUCUUGGAUGUCUUCUUCGGUAAUCGAUCGUUGAGGCAUACGAAAUUGGUUUUGGUUUUUGAACACUGUAACCAGGAUUUAUCCCAGUACAUCUCAAGAUCACCUGAAUCAGGGAUAGACUGCAAAACAAUCAAAAGUCUGAUGCAUCAGAUACUGUCUGGAAUAGACUUCUUGCAUUCCCAUCGAGUCUUCCAUAGAGACCUCAAGCCUCAAAACAUCCUCGUCUCCGACGAAGGAGUCGUCAGGAUCGCUGAUUUUGGCCUUGCUAAGAUUUAUUCAUGUGAUAUGACUCUGACCUCUGUUGUGGUGACCUUGUACUACAGAUCCCCUGAGGUACUUCUUAAUCUGCCCUAUGGAAGUUCUGUUGAUUUGUGGAGCUGUGGAUGCAUCUUGGCCGAACUCUUCACUGGAAGACCUCUCUUUCCAGGCACUUCAGAACAUGAUCAAAUCUCCAGGAUAUUCCAAUGUUUAGGUGUACCAUCAGAAAGGGACUUCCCCGAUGUUCGUGUACCGUUAGAUACGUUUACUCAGGUUGAAUCGCAAUCUCUUGAAAAUCUCGUGCCCCAAGCCACCCCGCCUGCUUUUGAAUUAAUAAAGAGAAUGUUAGUGUACAAUGGAGAUGAACGAAUCACGGCAAAACAGGCUCUCGAUCACGCAUUCAUCAAAGACGCCGUACUCCCAGUUCCAUCAAAAAUGACAUCUUCCUCAUCGUCUUCCUCAUCAUCGCCUGACUGUUCCUCAUCACCGCCACUAUUAAUAAGCGGCGGUUCAUCGCGACUCUCCUCACCUCCUCACAAACGAUCCAACCUCACGUGUAGCAACAGCAGCAGCAACAGCAGCAGCGAUUACAUCAACAACGACAAGCAAGCACUGACAGAAAACAGCAGCUUGUACAAUUCUUCCAAUGCUUCUAAAAAUUCAUCUGCUGCUCAAACUCUCCACAACAGCAUCCACAGUGACAACACUAUUGUCUACACGAACAACAACAGCAACGAUGAUUCCAAACCACUUGCCUAUGAAUGCAGUCCUGCCAAGAAAACAAGAUAAAAGAAAUAUCCUCUCUUGCUCUCUCUAUUUCUCUCUUUUUUUCAAAAUAAUUUAAUCUCUCUCUCUCUCUUUCCCUCAAAAUGAUUAAUUUUAUUUUAUUGUUAUUAUUAUCAUAAUUAUUUGAUGUGGCCAUUAUAAAUGUUGUGAAACUCUGAAUGAAUGAAACCUCAAUAGAAGCUUCCUAUAAUGAUCACUGUUUAUUGUUAGUUGUUCAAUAUUCAUUUGACAAUCUACGCAUGUGAUUUUUAUGUGAAACUAUUUAACGCGUUUUGUAUUAAUCACAACUACUGGUUGUAUUGUAUUCUUAAUAUUUAAAUUGCAACGUCCAAAUAAUUUCAAACGUGUAUCUGUAUUGUGUACAUAUUACAAUGAUAUCAAUCAAACGUGUAUCUACUGUGUACAUGUACAUAUUACAAUGAUUUCAAUCUACCG